AUGGGCGCGCUUCUAUCUCUGCCUUUGAUGGCGAUCCCAAGCGUCGGAACGUUAUUGACGUUCGGCGCAUCAUGUUGCGGUGCUGCGACGUGCUCUGCUAUAUGCAGCGUAUGUGGGAAGUUCCAGAGCAGCAUGGCCACCCGAAUCGCAUACGCCUUCAUACUUCUAAUUAACUCGAUCCUAUCCUGGGUCAUGCUCACACGGUGGGCGCUUAACAAGCUGGAACACCUCACAUUCGAUUUCUUACCGAUAACAUGCGACGGCCAAAAGUGUCAUGGCUGGGUUGCCGUUCAUCGAAUCAACUUCGCCCUCAGUCUUUUCCAUAUAAUACUUGCUAUUCUCCUUCUCGGUGUCCGAUCCACAAAAGAUGAACGAGCCAAGUUACAGAAUGGAUUCUGGGGUCCCAAGGUUAUCGUCUGGCUGGCAUUUAUUGUCUUGUCGUUCUUCAUCCCGGAAAGCUUCUUCAUCGUGUGGGGGAGCUACAUUGCCUUUACGGGAGCUAUGCUCUUCCUAUUACUCGGCCUCGUUCUCCUGGUCGACCUGGCGCAUAACUGGGCAGAGUUAUGCCUGCAAAAGAUUGAAGACAAUGGGUCACGAAUGUGGAAGGGCCUGUUGAUUGGCUCGACACUCGGGAUGUAUAUUGCAUCCAUUGCCAUGACUGUCCUCAUGUACAUCUUUUUCGUCGGCCAUAACUGUGCUAUGAACAAGGUAGCAAUCACCGUUAACUUGAUCGUCUUUCUCAUUAUCUCCUUCAUAUCCGUACAACCAGCGGUUCAAGAAUCCAAUCCCCGCGCCGGAUUGGCCCAAGCGGCCAUGGUCACCGUCUACUGCACGUAUCUAACAAUGUCCGCCGUGUCCAUGGAGCCAGAUGACAAUAAUUGCAACCCUCUCCUUCGAGCCAACGGUACAAGGACCGCAUCGGUCGUCAUUGGCGCCAUCGUUACAAUGUUGACAAUUGCCUAUACCACAACCCGUGCCGCAACACAAGGGUUCGCAAUGGGAUCCAGCGCUGCCCAAAAUAACUAUGCUAGCAUCAACCAAAAUGAUAUGGAACAUGAUCUCGUGACCCAGCAGCCAGGACUCAGUCGGCGUGAAAUGCGGGCCGAAGCGCUCCGUGCUGCUGUCAACAGUGGCAGUUUGCCUGCUAGUGCGCUAGACGAUAGCGAUGACGAGUCGGAUGAUGGCAAUGAUUCGAAAGACGACGAGCGGAACUCUACACAGUACACCUACUCUCUAUUCCACUUCAUCUUCUUGUUAGCAACAAUGUGGGUAGCCACGCUAUUAACACAGCCCCUCGAAAUGGAUGCCGAAGACGACCUCGCGCCCGUUGGCAGGACAUACUGGGCGAGUUGGGUGAAGAUUAUCAGUGCUUGGGUGUGCUACGCUAUAUAUCUAUGGACACUGGUGGCUCCUAUUGUCCUACCAGAUCGAUUUGGCGCAUAA